UUGUAACAAUUGCUGAGCGUUUGAGACAAGAGGCCUACUGAGAGACUUUCACACUCUUCUGGAGAUAAUGCGAGCUUUACAGUCAAAUGAUAUAUGAAUGAUUAAGAUUUUUAACCCAGCCAUUGAUUCAGGGGCGUGUCAGCUCAUGGCUUGGAGGCACAUUAAAGAUGGAAAAACGCAGCUCUGUGGAAAGAGAGAGAGUGGGAGGGAGAGAGAGACGGGGAGGAGGAACUACUAGUGGAAAAAAAAAAAGUUAAAGUGAAAAUGGCUUCCUUGUCUUUAGAGUCUACAGAACAAUCUGACAAUAGCCCAGAAGAUCCGUCAGUAGCCGAGUCCAAAGAAGACAAAGAAAGCUCUCAUGUUUCGGAACAUUUGCUCCAAAGUUUCCAGAAGUCGGCCCUGAGUUUCUCCACAGACCAGGUUUCAUGCCUGUGCGAGGCCCUUCUGCAGGCGGGUAAUGUGGAUCGCCUGUGGAGCUUUCUCUCCACCAUACCUCCUUCGUCCGAGCUGCUACGUGGCAACGAGACGCUGCUGAAGGCCCAGGCGCUGGUGGCUUUCCAUCGGGAGGAGUUCAAGGAGCUGUACGCCAUCCUAGAGAGCCAUGACUUCCACCCGUCUAACCAUGGGUUCCUGCAGGACCUGUACCUCAAAGCCCGCUACAAGGAGGCAGAGAGGUCCCGGGGCCGCAGCCUGGGCGCAGUGGACAAAUACCGGCUCAGGAAGAAGUUCCCCCUGCCUAAAACCAUCUGGGACGGAGAGGAGACGGUUUACUGCUUCAAGGAGAAGUCCCGGAACGCUCUGAAGGAAUGCUACAAAAGCAACAGGUACCCCACUCCGGACGAGAAGAAAAACCUGGCUAAAGUAACCGGACUGUCCCUCACGCAAGUCAGCAACUGGUUCAAGAACCGCAGGCAGAGGGACAGGACCCCGUCCGGGACCCACAGCAAAAGCGAGUCAGAUGGGAACCACAGCACUGAGGACGAGGCGAUGGACGAAGCCACCGACAAACCAGAGGAGCCAACAAGCUCCACCACCUCCAUCAUCUCUGUCUCUGCGGUCCCCUGCAGCACGGGGGGCCAGCUUAUCCUCAAUGGCUCCAGCGGCUUCCUGGCAGCUUCACAGCCAUUGCUGCUGAACGGAAACUCCCUGAUCUCCAGUGCCGGGGCUGGUGUCAUAAUCAACGGGCUGAGUCUAGGUGACUGCCAGACGGUCACGCUGAGCCCUGUUGCAGCCAGCUCUCCUCUAAUCCUGAACGGGGCUCAGGUCAUAACCAAACCCGGGGUCAGCACGCAGCAGCACCAAGCGGCCUCUUCUAGAGCAGAACAGGAAGCGUCUGCUGUGGAGACCAAGACGGUUGUUCUGAGCACUAAUGGCGUUCAAGCUCCAGAACCUUCCACCAUAAUUUCUCCUCCACUUCAAACCAAAAUAAAAAGUGACAGCGACAUGGAUUUUAUGACCAGUUGCAAUUCAGAGGGAGGCAGCCAGACAGUAUCCCCGUCCUCUUCGUCUUUAUCGCCCUCCCCUCCAGCUCUGUCCUCUUCAACCAGUCUUCCAUCGCUUGUUUUAACCCAAAACCCUCAAGACCAAGAGUCUGUCUCCCUCCCAGCUUCUCUGCCCUCCUCAGGCUUGGUUAUCUCCAACUCUGCCAGUCAGCAGGGACCUUGGCCCUCACAGUUAACACCUUCUACAGUUUCUUCUAUCCACUCCACCCCUCACAUCAUCUCUUUGCCCCAAGUUGUGCCUUCAAUCCACUGUGCACCAGUCUCCCAACUGGUCCAGAGCUCUACAGGAGCCCAAUGCCCUCAGCUAGUCCCAGUAUCCCCACUCACCUCAGUGGCUCCACAGUUUCAAAGCCCUCACACUCAAAACAUAGGUAGCAGACCGCAAGAGCAGCAGCAAGAGCCCCCAACAACUAUAUCUGAAUCUGCUGCUGCUGUAGCUUCUGUUCCACAGCUUAACAACACUACCCUCCAGCACAUAAACCCCACCCCCAUCAAAGUUCAGCCUCCACAGGUUCUCUCCUUGUCUUCUCCUACACCAGGAGUCCCAGUGUCUCAAGCAAAAGGCAGUCCCUCUGCUCAGUUAGCCUCACUUUCAAUGCCUCAGCUGGUUCCUGUCUCCUCCAUCCAAACCUCCCCCAACUUCUCUUUCCCCCAGGUGGUGCCAGCCAGCCCGGCACUCUCCAUCCCCUCUGCUGGUGUGCCCUUGCAGAUCUUGGCUUCAUCCCCUGGAUCCGCAGGGCCUCCACAGAGCCCGCUCAGGAUAAACCAGCUGAGUCAGAUACAGAGAGUUGGGAACUCGACCAGCGUGGCCCCGGCUGUACAGCUCCUGAACCCUGGGAUCAUUCAGCUACCUUCUCCUUCCACAGGGAAUGUCGUUCUCGGUGGAAGCCCAUACCUGAGUGUGCAGCAGGGAAAGCUGAUCCUGACAAUCCCAGCAGGGAUCCAGCUCACCAGUUUACCCCUAAAACCAGUCCAAGAAGCAUCCACUGUCUCUGCAAACGGAGUGGCUGGACUUCUGAGUCCCUCCACUCCUCCUGUGGCCUGCCAGCCUCCACACAGCUCAGGCUCAAACUCCGGUGGACUAGCAGCUCCCCCUUUGAACUUCAUCAGCUCCUCGCCUCUGCUCUGUGCUCCUGACACCACCAGCAUCACCACCAGCCAGCCGCCGGUAGUCUCCACCUCUCCCACGCUAGACCAGUCCGUUACCAUGACGACACAAAGUGCGCUUACUCCAGAGAGCAUGCUGGCCCUUGGCCCCAUGUACAGCGGAGUAGCACCGAGCAUCCAGCUGUCCCAGCCGGCAUGGAACCCCGUCUCCCUCUCCACCUCAGCCAGUCUGACCCUGUUUGACAUGCGUGGGAAGGGAGAGCUACCUGUAGACCCCGCUUUAUUAGGUCUACCCGGAGGAGAGUCGCUCCUGCUGGGGAGCUCAUCUCUUGGAAGGGAAGAUGAAACCAGCUCUCCACUGAGGGACCCGGAUGAGAUGGAUGGGGAGCAGAAGAUUCUCACCCAGCUCCAAUCAGUCCCCGUGGAUGAAGACUUGGGAGAAAUCCCGCAGCGUGCUGAGGGAGUGGUACCACAGAAAGCCAUAUCCUUCCACCAGAGAGAAGAAGGAGCUGGCAGCGGCCACUGGCCUCACGUCCACUCAGGUCAGCAACUGGUUCAAGAACCGCCGGCAGAGAGACCGAAGCACCGAGAUUUCCAGUUUCCGAACUCCACUUGCUGGAGGACCUUCAGGAGAAAUGUCUGACCAUGAAGGUUCUCCUCAAAGCAGACCUCUGCCUCGGAGACGCCGCCCCUCACCCCCACGCUUGUAUCACCCUCCUCUUCAUCACUUGUGCCAAGAAUAUUAGAAUUGUAUUGAAUUACAAAGCAAAAC